AUGGCCACGAUAACGUCUCCUCGCAGCGAGUCUCCCGCCAUCACGAUUCCUCGCAUCACGUCGCCCUCGAUAUCCAGCACCAAUGGCACGCCCAUGUCGUCUGUGCGGCCCUCGUUCGACAUUCCGAGAACACCCACCAAAGGUCCCGCUUCUCCGUCACUACAUGCGCCGCUGCCCUUGUCCAACCCUGCCCAACGGAGGAACCGUGCCGCGCUGCGCGACUACUACAACCUGAACAAGACCCGGGGAACUUCGGGGGCGGAUCACUCCCUCGACCUGAGCCGCAAGACCAGUACGGCGUCGACCGCGUCCGAGUCGACCAUCACGUCGACCAGCGCCGUUCCACCCGAACCUUCGGCGUCGCUGACAGCCCAGCUGGACGACAACGCGUUCGACGCGGAAGCGUACGUGGCGGACCUGCUCAAGACGGCAAGUCUGCGGGACAUACUGAGGACCGAAAGCUCGCUCGUCAGCGAGAUUCGGACGCUCGAUGGCGAAAGGAAGGCUCUCGUCUACGACAACUACAGCAAGCUGAUCAGGGCCGUCGGCACGAUCGCGGAAAUGCAAAAGGGGAUGCACAAGACGGGCCAGCCGAGCAUGCCGAGCGUCGUGCGAGGAGUGGUGGUACAGAAAGACACGCGCCCGAGUCUGGACGGCGUCGACAAGCUCGGCGAGAAGCUGGACGGCCUGCUCAGGAUCGUCGAGGACCUGGGUCCGCCUGUUCGGCGCGAAGAAGACCUGGCACUACUUGUCGACGCGAGGGAGAAGAGACGUCAAAAGGAGACGGUUCAGUGGGCCUUGGACGCGCCCCGUCGACUGCAGGCCAUGCUGGACAAAGCCCAGAUCCGGGAGGCGGAAAGCGAGUACGAGUCAGUCAAGAGGCUGCUGGAGCAGUGGACCGACGUGCGCGGCGUCGCUGAAUUGCAAGAGAAGUGUGCCCAGGUCAUGCCUCGCACGCACGCGCCAGAUGACGACUCAGCUGCCGCCUCACAGCCUCCUCAUGGAUCAAGGCCCGAUUAA